AGUCUGGACAGGAACAGCUGAGCUCUGGACAGAAACCUCGGGAUUUUAUCUUUGUUUGUUUGUUUAUGUUUAUUUUUUGUUUAUCCGUUUAUUUCUUAGAUUGACAGAGUUUUGGAGCCACUUUGUUAUUGGGGUUUUCAUGGAAGAAGAAGCGACAAUAAAAGAGACAGAGAGUCCAGGAAAGUGUGUUUUUAUCUAAGGAGGAGCUCACUGCAGGUGCAGGACAACAGUCGACAGGCUCGCUUGUCCAUGUGGUCUCCACAGCAGCACAGUGGCCAGCAGCUGCCCGCUGAACCCAGGGAAGGGGGUGUGAUCCUGGGGUGAGAGCAGCAGCGGACGUCCUCUCCCUCCACACACUGAAGUGGAACAUGCUGUAGCCACAUAACAGCUGGUCAAGAUGAUGGCCUCAGUGGUUGUCGGGGGCAACCGGAAGACGUCUCUCACACUGAGAGGAGUGGACCCGGAGACCUGCAUGAUCGUGUUCAAGAACCACUGGGCUCAGGUGGUAAAGAUCCUGGAGAAACACGAGCCAGGUCGUAGCAGCACCGGCGCGUUGAGUUUUCUCUCUGGUCAUGGUGGUUCCGGAGCCUUACGCCUCGGUCCAAUCCCGGCAGAUGAAGCCAGUGCCGUCCAGAACUACGUGGAACACAUACUAUUCCUGCUGAUGGAGGAAGAGGCGGGGAAAGGAGGAGCCAUGGGUCCAAUCCUGGAGUUUGUGGUUCUGGAGGGUGUGAUGGAGAGGCUGUUCCUGUGGAGCCUGAGGAGGCAAUUCACCGAGGACAUGAAGCUGGAGCAGCUCAGGAUGUACCAGAUGCUUCUGUCUCAGGCCAAACAGCCUCUGCUGCAUCAUAAACCGGUUCUCCGGCCUCUCAUGAUGCUGCUCGCCUCGUGUGCCGGACCUGGAACCGAUAGUGGCGGUGUGGUGGAGGCGGAGCUUGUCCUCUUGCUGUACCAGCUGUGCGUUGCUCUGGUCAAAGAUUCAUCAGUGCUCGAACUGUUUUUCCACACGAGUGAAGACCAGGGAGCCGCCAACUUCCUCCUCUUCUCCCUGCUCAUACCAUACACACACAGACAGGGUUCAGUGGGUCAACAGGCCAGAGACGCUCUGCUGCUCAUCAUGUCUCUGUCUGCGUCUGAGCCUCGAGUCGCUCAACACAUCAGUGAGAACACGUACUUCUGUCCUGUGUUGGCCACAGGUCUCUCUGGUCUGUACUCGUCUCUUCCUGCCAGGCUCCGGGUUUACAGUGAAGACUGGCAUUGCCUGGAGCAGGCCGACUGGCAGCAGGUUCCGGCUCUCGUCCACUUCCUGCAUUCACUGGACUUCUGUAGUGCCGUUACCAGGGUCGCUCAUCCCUCCGUCCGCUCUCAGUUGCUGGGUUACAUCUACAAUGGCUUCCUAGUUCCGGUCCUGGCUCCUGCUCUGCACAAGCUGACGGUGGAGGAGGUGAUGACCACGACGGCGUACCUGGACUUGUUCCUGCGCUCCAUCUUUGAGCCCGCCCUCCUCCAGAUCUUCCUGUCCUUCAUCCUGCUGCACACGCACGACAGUGUGCAGAUCCUUGACACACUGGUCAGCCGGGUCAACACACCUUUCCAGUUGGGUACGGUGUCACUGGCCCUGUUCAGGACUCUGAUUGGUCUCUUCUGUGAGGACGUCAUGCUGCAGCUCGUCUUCAGGUACCUUAUUCCGUGCAGCCAUCUGACCAGGAAGCAGCUCUCAUCCUUAAAACAGAGGGACUGCCACGCCUCCAGCGCCACCUCCUUCCUGCUCCUCAUGCCCUCCUGGUGCCCCGUGAACCUCCACAACACAAACUCCCACUCUGAGCACAUCCACUGGGCCAAAGGAGCAGACCUGUCUGUAUCGGACAGCAUCGGUUACUGGCGCGGGUCGGACUUCCUGAUGGAUGUGAACUACCUCCACUACCUCUUUGAUGCCCGACAGGCCAUUUCCACUUCUCACAGGGCAUGUCGGCUCUGGUCAGCCCCGUACGACGGGAUCAACCCUUCGCCUGAGGGAUCCCGAUCAGACACACCUGGGGGUGACAUAAAAGACGGCGAAGAAGAAGAAGACGGCGAAGAAGAAGAAGAAAUCAUACAGCAAGUCACAAGUCUUCCGUCCUUGGCCAUCUCGCCGACCCCCUCUUCUUCAGACAAACAGACAGGAACAGUCAGUUCUGCCCUGGAGUUGGAGUGGGAUGAUGACAUUUUUGCAGAUGAUGAACCUUCUUCAUCAGCGACCACAAACUCGGGGCUCGCAAAUGGCGGCGUGACUGUGGGUGCAUGUGUGCCGGUGCCUGCUCCUCCUCUACCUCCUCAGCACAUCCAGGAGAUGAGACGCAGUGCAAUCAAGUUGGUGAACGGUUCAUACGUAGAGGAAUCAGAGUUUCAGGACGACGUUCUGGUCUACGAUCUUGUCGCCCAGAAGGACACAAAGGCAGCCAUUUUGGAGCGAAUCAUGGCAGCGAAUCAACGCCGAAGCAUCAAAUAUGGCCACAGAGCAUCCAUGACAAUGACGUCGACAGUUGCGGCGAUGUUAGCAAAGAGCAGGGGCGAAUAUCACGGAAAGGAGGUGGAGGAGGAAGAUGAGAAGAACAGGUCGGAUGUGCGAGGAGAGCAGGAAAGACAAGCCUUCACCAGUGGAUUCAACAAAAACAGUCACAUCGUCGAGGAAUGUGAUAACGCUGAGGACGAGCAAUCAUCUCAGAAAAGCUGCAGCCUGAAUAACUUCACGACUGUCAAUCACACAAAACAACAAAAACAACAUCUGACACCAUCCCACCCACUGACAAACACGUUACCCAGCAGCCACAAAGAAGCUGAGCAACGUUCUACUUUCCUUUCUGAAACCACUGCGAGGUCUCUCAGUCUGCCCGACAACAACGGCUUCCUGUCUCAGUACCACGAGCUCAUGCUCUCUCUUGGGGCUGAGCCAGACUUUGACGACAUCACCGACAACAUCAGCACAUUCAGGAGGCGGGUCCGAGCCCUCAGGCAGAAACUGGAGGAGGAAGACGACGAGGGGCUUGGAGAAGAGUCAUUCUUUAGCUCCUCCUUGGAUGACAGCGAGGAGGAAGAGGAGGAGGAGAAAGAAGGAGAGGAGACGAGGAGAUAUGGAGUUCCUUUUACAGGUCCCUUCAUCAGUGUCCUGUUGUCCCGCCUGGAGAACCUUCUGGAAAACUCCAUCGCCGUGAACCUGCUGGUCACAGGGAUCCUGGCCCAGCUGGCGUCGUACCCACAACCUUUGCUGCGGUCAUUCCUGCUCGGCACGGACACAAAACACAACCAGACCAACGUACGCACGCUGUAUCAGGUGUUGGUGUCGGUUCAUGAUCAGAUUGAGCGCUACGUGGCGUCCAGACCAGAAUACCCAGGUCUGGUCGCUCAGGCCUGGAGGUUCUUGUUGGCCAAAGACCAGGACAGCAAGUUUAGAGAGUCCCUGGAGUCUCAGGGCGGCGCCAGCGUUGUCCCCCAGGAGCCUCGUCUUCCCAACGGCUCUGUGAGGAACUGUGUGGCCCCGCCUCCUGUCAGCGCUCUGCCGCCGUGCCCUGCGAUCCCACCGCAAGCCAAGAGCCGAGUGUUCGCCAUCGUCCUGUAUGCCGAGUUUCUCAAAGAGCUCGCCGCCGUUGCCCAGGAGCACAGCGUCGCUCUGGACUGUUCUGAAAACCAGAGGCCCUGAAAAACAACAGCACUAAACACAAAUAAUCUGAUUCACCGACCAGAUUAUGGAGGGUCUUUGCAUAGAUUUGUACAGUACAUAUAUAUAUAUUCCUGGCUGCACUUGAAUAUUUCCAUUGUAUUUAUGUUAACGAAAGUUAUUUGUCUACACAUUUGUCGGGUCAGUGCAAAUAGUUUUCUACACUUUAUUUCUUUAAUCUUUAAAAAAUAAAAUACCCGAUGAUGUUAAUGGUCUUAAACCAUAUUCCGACGGGAUUAGUUUUACAUGGAGAGGUGAAGGUAAAGCGUCUCAGGUCAGUGUGUUUAUGUUGACGUUAAAAGUCAGAUUUUAGUCAAAGACGAAGACAAUAAUUCGGUCACGUAAACACUUCAGUCUGAUUAUAAUCAAGCUAGUCUUAGUCGGACUAACAUACCUGGAUGAUGU